AUGUGGAUCCAUGGAGAUGGGGAGGGAGGGAGGGAAAUGUCUCUGCUGGCGCGCUUGCAGUUUCUCGGUUCUGCUCACCCCACCCCCAGUCUCUUGGGCUUUGAUGUCAGCAGCCUCAAGCCACAGGCUGUGAAUACUGAAAACACUGCAUCAUGGGGAUAUGUUUUGGAGCUACUGCUGUGUUAUCAGAACUAGCAGCUAGCUACCAGUGCUGUUUGCUCUGACUGGAUCCUGACCUUAGCGACGGGCCUGACAGACCUCCAUGGUAGGAAAUGAAGAGUCAAGUUACUGUGCAACCACAGGCUUAGAGAUACAAUCAGUCGUCCGUAUAAAGCUCCUUGGCCUCCGCCGGCCCCGCCAUGGCCCGUUGGGUUGGCACAGUAACCGCUGCACUGCUUUCCCACUGCCUGAUAGAUCUAGGCUACACAUUAGGCAAAUACCGAUUAGGACCAUUAUAAUCUGGGUAAUCCAUGACCCACUUGGGGAUUACACCAUUAUUUGAAGAUGCUCACAGUGGUCACGAGACAAUUAAUUCCCAUUUUCUUUCCAUCUUUCUUAGAUUUUCUUUAGUUCGAGGAAAGUUUCCUCAGCUGGUCGAUAUUAUCAGUUGAGAAAUUCUAAGAAUAGCAUCCGUGUAGAUGUGUUACUCCAUGUUAAGACAUUUCAACGUCUUGGGUUUUUCCCCCUCUUCUCCUGUUGUCCACUGCUUCUGCUGUCUUUGAUCUGUGAUCACGUGUCAAUGGCCUUGCACUCCCUUCUCCGGGUUACGGUGUCAGGGUUUGGGGUGGAGGUGAGGUGAGGUGAUGUUGCCUCAUAACCUAAAAUGGGCCUCCCUGUGUGCCUAACUUUGUCCUACGCUCCUUCGCUCACUCCUCUGAUCUGGAGACUCUCGUCUCUAAAUCUACUGAGUUCAUGGAGUGCAUCAUGUCCACACUGACCGACUGGCAGCAGGAUUUGUCUGGGCUUUACCCCUGUGUAGGGGAGGCUCCUAGUGGAGCGCUAGGCUGGCAGACGACAGAUGCAGUGGGGCUACAGAGGAAUUUGUAAGGUAAAGCCGACGUAAUCCUCUGGUUUGGGAAUGGUCUGCAGGGCAGGGGGAGGGAAGACAGAGGAGGUAGUGUAGAGAGCCUUACAGCGUGGGGGGCUUUUAGUGCCUAAGCUUAGACCCAUGGACAUGCACAUCCAACACACUUGAAGUUCAUUUGUUUCUCUGGUAUCAUAUGCAUAUCCUGUGGUAAACUAUAGGCCUACCUGUACAGUAUAUUGUCUAGGUUGACUUAUUAUUAGGCUUACUACAAACAGUCUACCUGAACAAAGAUAGAAGACUGAAGCACAAGUCAAAAGUGAGUGACGUUGUAACCUCUUCACUUUGGGCAGACUCAAUUCUGCUCACUAAUCCCAUUAAAAGGUAUAGGCUAUAGGCUGUGUUCAUAUUUCGUGAUCAUUACAGUUCCAGCUGUGUGAAGACAGACACGUUUGAGUAAUGUUAACUUUCCUAAGGCAUCAAUGAAGUCAUUGUGACAGUUUGCCAAGAAAACGAAAACACACCAGUCUAGAACCACUGGUAAGGCCCAGAGAAAUUAGGUCAGUCAAGGGACCUGUGUCUUACUCUCUACAUUACUCUUGUCUACUUUCAUUUCUCUCUGUAAUUAAUUGUCACGUUAUUUAUUGGAUGUGGUGAGGCAUUCUACAGCACUUGUCAUAUAGUAGUUCUGUGUACGGGACAGCCAAGCCUGUCACGAUUAAAGCUGACAUGCACAACGUAAAAGAGAGCUACUUUCUAGCAGAUUCCCACUUCACUUCGUUUUCCCUGCACGCAGGCAAUCCCGUCUUUGUCACUGUCAUUGUCCCCAACUGUGCCUGGCAUUAGAUUGAUGCUAUGUUUAGAGCGCUCAGAGUAACUCAAUUGAGUUCUUUGACCGGUCUUCCUGAAUGGAAUGGAGUGGUGUGUAGAGUAGCCUCAAAUGACCGACAGGAUGCUGUAACAAUGACUUUACUUAUAGUGCAGUACCUUAUCUCUACCUCAUAUAAAGUACAUACAGUAGGCUUAUAUAUGGGAAUUGAAUUCAAGACAAUGUGCAUUUAGGCCUAUUCGUAAUGUGUACUUUGUACUGAAGUCUAAUUUUAAACGUGAGCAUGUUUUCCCUCCCUCUCUACCUUUCUGCAGUACAUCAAUGGUGGGAACCUGGAGCAGCUGUUGGACAGCAACAAGCCUCUGAGCUGGGCUACCAGGCUCAAGCUGGCCUGUGAGAUCGCCAAUGGACUGGGCUACCUGCACUCCAAAGGCAUCUUCCACCGGGACCUCACCUCCAAAGUGGGUGGCUGUUAACUGUGGAUGGAUGCGUCCGAAAUGCACUAUAUAUAUAUAUAUAGGGAAUAGGUUGCCAUUUCAGAUGCACCUGUGUCUUCUUUCUACAACAGAGAUAAGAAUCAUCGAUCUAGUCCGCUUUAAAUACAGCAACGUGUGCUUCAGUUUCUGUUCUUCAAACCUUGGGCGUUGGAAACUGUUUUUCCGCAGAGUACAUUGUUAUUGUAAGAUGUGAUUAUCUGGCUAAUUCGGCUUGUACUUCGGGUUGAAACACAUGGGGCUUGCAAGGUGUAAACCUCUUGAGUUGGAUCUAAUUUACACACUUUGUUCGGUAGCUACAGUGGGGAAAAGUAUUUAGUCAGCCACCAAUUGUGCAAGUUCUCCCACUUAAAAAGAUGAGAGAGGCCUGUAAUUUUCAUCAUAGGUACACGUCAACUAUGACAGACAAAUUGAGAAAAAGAAUUCCAGAAAAUCACAUUGUAGGAUUUUUUAUGAAUUUAUUUGCAAAUUAUGGUGGAAAAUAAGUAUUUGGUCACCUACAAACAAGCAAGAUUUCUGGCUCUCACAGACCUGUAACUUCUUCUUUAAGAGUCUCCUCUGUCCUCCACUCGUUACCUGUAUUAAUGGCACCUGUUUGAACUUGUUAUCAGUAUAAAAGACACCUGUCCACAACCUCAAACAGUCACACUCCAAACUCCACUAUGGCCAAGACCAAAGAGCUGUCAAAGGACACCAGAAACAAAAUUGUAGACCUGCACCAGGCUGGGAAGACUGAAUCUGCAAUAGGUAAGCAGCUUGGUUUGAAGAAAUCAACUGUGGGAGCAAUUAUUAGGAAAUGGAAGACCUACAAGACCACUGAUAAUCUCCCUCGAUCUGGGGCUCCACGCAGGAUCUCACCCCGUGGGGUCAAAAUGAUCACAAGAACGGUGAGCAAAAAUCCCAGAACCACACGGGGGGACCUAGUGAAUGACCUGCAGAGAGCUGGGACCAAAGUAACAAAGCCUACCAUCAGUAAUACACUACGCCGCCAGGGACUCAAAUCCUGCAGUGCCAGACGUGUCCCCCUGCUUAAGCCAGUACAUGUCCAGGCCCGUCUGAAGUUUGCUAGAGUGCAUUUGGAUGAUCCAGAAGAGGAUUGGGAGAAUGUCAUAUGGUCAGAUGAAACCAAAAUAGAACUUUUUGGUAAAAACUCAACUCGUCGUGUUUGGAGGACAAAGAAUGCUGAGUUGCAUCCAAAGAACACCAUACCUACUGUGAAGCAUGGGGGUGGAAACAUCAUGCUUUGGGGCUGUUUUUCUGCAAAGGGACCAGGACGACUGAUCCGUGUAAAGGAAAGAAUGAAUGGGGCCAUGUAUCGUGAGAUUUUGAGUGAAAACCUCCUUCCAUCAGCAAGGGCAUUGAAGAUUAAACGUGGCUGGGUCUUUCAGCAUGACAAUGAUCCCAAACACACCGCCCGGGCAACGAAGGAGUGGCUUCGUAAGAAGCAUUUCAAGGUCCUGGAGUGGCCUAGCCAGUCUCCAGAUCUCAACCCCAUAGAAAAUCUUUGGAGGGAGUUGAAAGUCUGUGUUGCCCAGCGACAGCCCCAAAACAUCACUGCUCUAGAGGAGAUCUGCAUGGAGGAAUGGGCCAAAAUACCAGCAACAGUGUGUGAAAACCUUGUGAAGACUUACAGAAAACGUUUGACCUGUGUCAUUGCCAACAAAGGGUAUAUAACAAAGUAUUGAGAAACUUUUGUUAUUGACCAAAUACUUAUUUUCCACCAUAAUUUGCAAAUAAAUUCAUUAAAAAUCCUACAAUGUGAUUUUCUGGAGAGAAAAAAAUCUCAUUUUGUCUGUCAUAGUUGACGUGUACCUAUGAUGAAAAUUACAGGCCUCUCUCAUCUUUUUAAGUGGGAGAACUUGCACAAUUGGUGGCUGACUAAAUACUUUUUUUCCCCACUGUAUGUGAUUCAGUUCAUUUCUGAUUCAGUUUAAGUAUGACUGAUUGAGCAUUAUCUCUGAAACAUCCCAUUUUCUCCAGACAUUUUUGUCAUUUUAGAAGCUAAUGAUGGAAUUUAUGCUCACUGUUUAUCCUCAGAAUUGCCUGAUCAAGUCUGACGAAAACGGCUACACAGCAGUGGUUGGUGACUUUGGUCUUGCUGAGAAGAUUCCCAACCAGGAGUAAGUCAUUUCCACAGAAACGCUUAUUUAUCAAACACGAUCCAUGACAUGAUAAGAUCAAGACUGAAAUUGAAUCCCACAGUAAAAUAUAUAUAAAUAUACUGCUCAAAUAAAUAAAGGGAACACUUAAACAACACAUCCUAGAUCUGAAUGAAUGAAAUAAUCUUAUUAAAUACUUUUUUCUUUACAUAGUUGAAUGUGCUGACAACAAAAUCACACAAAAUGUAUCAAUGGAAAUCAAAUGUAUCAACCCAUGGAGGUCUGGAUUUGGAGUCACCCUCAAAAUUAAAGUGGAAAACCACACUACAGGCUGAUCCAACUUUGAUGUAAUGUCCUUAAAACAAGUCAAAAUGAGGCUCAGUAGUGUGUGUGGCCUCCACGUGCCUGUAUGACCUCCCUACAACGCCUGGGCAUGCUCCUGAUGAGGUGGCAGAUGGUCUCCUGAGGGAUCUCCUCCCAGACCUGGACUAAAGCAUUCGCCAACUCCUGGACAGUCUGUGGUGCAACGUGGCGUUGGUGGAUGGAGCGAGACAUGAUGUCCCAGAUGUGCUCAAUUGGAUUCAGGUCUGGGCAACGGGCGGGCCAGUCCAUAGCAUCAAUGCCUUCCUCUUGCAGGAACUACUGACACACUCCAGCCACAUGAGGUCUUGCAUUAGGAGGAACCCAGGGCCAACCACACCAGCAUACAAGGGGUCUGAGGAUCUCAUCUCGGUACCUAAUGGCAGUCAGGCUACCUCUGGCGAGCAGAUGGAGAAAUGAAAAAUAAAUGCCACCCCACACCAUGACUGACCCACCGCCAAACCGGUCAUGCUGGAGGAUGUUGCAGGCAGCAGAACGUUCUCCACGGCGUCUCCAGACUCUGUCACGUCUGUCACAUGUGCUCAGUGUGAACCUGCUUUCAUCUGUGAAGAGCACAGGGCGCCAGUGGCAAAUUUGCCAAUCUUGGUGUUCUCUGGUAAAUGCCAAACGUCCUGCACGGUGUUGGGCUGUCAUUUUGCAGGGCUCUGGCAGUGCUCCUCCUGCUCCUCCUUGCACAAAGGCGGAGGUAGCAGUCCUGCUGCUGGGUUGUUGCCCUCCUACGGCCUCCUCCACGUCUCCUGAUGUACUGGCCUGUCUCCUGGUAGCGCCUCCAUGCUCUGGACACUACGCUGACAGACACAGCAAACCUUCUUGCCACAGCUCGCAUUGAUGUGCCAUCCUGGAUGAGCUGCACUACCUGAGCCACUUGUGUGGGUUGUAGACUCCGUCUCAUGCUACCACUAGAGUGAAAGCACCGCCAGCAUUCAAAAGUGACCAAAACAUCAGCCAGAAAGCAUAGGAACUGAGAAGUGGUCUGUGGUCACCACCUGCAAAACCCAUCCUUUAUUGGGGGUGUCUUGCUAAUUGCCUAUAAUUUCCACCUGUUGUCUAUUCCAUUUGCACAACAGCAUGUGAAAUUUAUUGUCAAUCAGUGUUGCUUCCUAAGUGGACAGUUUGAUUUCACAGAAGUGUGAUUGACUUGGAGUUACAUUGUGUUGUUUAAGUGUUCCCUUUUUUUUUGAGCAGUGUACUUGUUCUCCCCACUGUGUGUAUAUAUACAGUGAGGGGAAAAAAGUAUUUGAUCCCCUGCUGAUUUUGUACGUUUGCCCACAGACAAAGAGAUGAUCAGUCUAUAAUUUUAAUGGUAGGUUUAUUUGAACAGUGAGAGACAGAAUAACAACAAAAAAAUCCAGAAAAACGCAUGUCAAAAAUGUUAUCAAUUGAUUUGCAUUUUAAUGAGGGAAAUAAUUAUUUGACCCCCUCUCAAUCAGAAAGAUUUCUGGCUCCCAGGUGUCUUUUAUACAGGCAACGAGCUGAGAUUAGGAGCACACUCUUAAAGGGAGUGCUCCUAUUCUCAGCUUGUUACCUGUAUAAAAGACACCUGUCCACAGAAGCAAUUAAUCAAUCAGAUUCCAAACUCUCCACCAUGGCCAAGACCAAAGAGCUCUCCAAGGAUGUCAGGGACAAGAUUGUAGACCUACACAAGGCUGGAAUGGGCUACAAGACCAUCGCCAAGCAGCUUGGUGAGAAGGUGACAACAGUUGGUGCGAUUAUUCGCAAUGGAAGAAACGCAAAAUAACUGUCAAUCUCCUUCGGCCUGGGGCUCCAUGCAAGAUCUCACCUCGUGGAGUUGCAAUGAUCACGAGAAUGGUGAGGAAUCAUCCCAGAACUACACGGGAGGAUCUUGUCAAUGAUCUCAAGGCAGCUGGGACCAUAGUCACCAAGAAAACAAUUGGUAACACACUACGCCGUGAAGGACUGAAAUCCUGCAGCGCCCGCAAGGUCCCCAUGCUCAAGAAAGCACAUAUACAGGCCCGUCUGAAGUUUGCCAAUGAACAUCUGAAGGAUUCAGAGGAGAACUGAGUGAAAGUGUUGUGGUCAGUUGAGACCAAAAUCGAGCUCUUUGGCAUCAACUCAACUCGCCGUGUUUUGAGGAGGAGGAAUGCUGCCUAUGACCCCAAGAACACCAUCCCCACCGUCAAACAUGGAGGUGGAAACAUUAUGCUUUGGGGGUGUUUUUCUGCUAAGGGGACAGGACAACUUCACCGCAUCAAAGGGACGAUGGACGGCGCCAUGUACCGUCAAAUCUUGGGUGAGAACCUCCUUCCCUCAGCCAGGGCAUUGAAAAUGGAUCGUGGAUGGGGAUUCCAGCAUGACAAUGACCCAAAACACACGGCCAAGGCAACAAAGGAGUGGCUCAAGAAGAAGCACAUUAAGGUCCUGGAGUGGCCUAGCCGGUCUCCAGACCUUAAUCCCAUAGAAAAUCUGUGGAGGGAGCUGAAGGUUGGAGUUGCCAAAUGUCAGCCUUGAAACCUUAAUGACUUGGAGAAGAUCUGCAAAGUGGAGUGGAACAAAAUCCCUCCUGAGAUGUGUGCAAACCUGGUGGCCAACUACAAGAAACUCCAGAUACUCAACUAGUCUCAAGAAAGCCAGUUUUAUUGCUUCUUUAAUCAGCACAACAGUUUUCAGCUGUGCUAACAUAAUUGCAAAAGGUUUUUCUAAUGAUCAAUUAGCCUUUUAAAAUGAUAAACUUGGAUUAGCAAACACAACAUGCCAUUGGAACACAGGACUGAUGGUUGCUGAUAAUGGGCCUCUGUUUAUGGAAUAUCUACAUAGGUGUACAAUCUGCCGUUUCCUGCUACAAUAGCCAUUUACAGCAUUAACAAUGUCUACACUGUAUUUCUGAUCAAUUUGAUGUUACUUUAAUGGACAAAAAAAUUGCUUUUCUUUUGAAAACAAGGACAUUUCUAAGUGACCCCAAACUUUUGAAUACUACCGGUCAAAAGUUUUAGAACACCUACUCAUUCAAGGGUAUAUUCUGUAUACCCCCCCCCCUAUCUUGUCACAACACAACUGAUUGGCUCAAACGCAUUAAGAAGGAAAGAAAUUCCACAAAUUAACUUUUAAGAAGACACACCUGUUAAUUGAAAUGCAUUCCAGGUGACUACCUCAUGAAGCUGGUUGAGAGAAUGCCAAGAGUGUGCAAAGCUGUCAUCAAGGCAAAGGGUGGCUAUUUGAAGAAUCGCAAAUAUAAAAUAUAUUUUGAUUUGUUUAACACUUUUUUGGUUACUACAUGAUUCCAUAUGUGUUAUUUCAUAGUUUUGAUGUCUUAACUGUUAUUCUAUUAGUAAAAAUAAAGAAAAACCCUUGAAUGAGUAGGUGUUCUAAAACUUUUGACCGUUAGUGUAUAAUUCAGAUUUGCUCCUUUGAGUCAGUCCAGUUAAAUCUCUCUGUACUAAAUGAAUGUGGGACUGCGAGGUAAAGGGAUGGACAAGUGCCAGUAUGAGAGGGCCAUUUGAUUAGGAAGGAACAUGAAGUACUGUUCAGGUCAGGAAUAAACUGGAGCGCUAGGCUAAUAAUACCAGAGCAGGUUAAGAAGGCCCCGCUCUCUCAUGGCUAGGACUUCAUUAUUACAUAUGCCUUGCAAAAGUAUUCAAACCCUUUGGAUUUCUUUACAUUUUAUUGUGUUACAAAGUAGGAUUAAAUUGAUUUAAUUGUCAUUUUUUGUAAACAAUAUACACAAAAUACUCUGUCGAAGUGGAAGAUUAUAAAUAUUUGUUUUAUUAAUACAAAAUUAGACAACUAAAAUAUAGUCAUUGCUUAAGUAUUCAGCCCCUUUGUUUAGGCAAGUCUAAAUUAGUUCAGGAGUAACAUUUAGCUUAACAAAUAACAUACGUUUCCUGGACUCACUCUGUGUGAAAUAAUAGGGGUUGACAUGAUUUUUGAAUGACUACCCUUCCUCUGUGUCCCAUGCAUACAUCUGUAAGGUCCCUCAGUCAAGUAUUGAAUUUCAAACACGGAUUCAACUACAAAGACCAGGGUCUUUCGAAAGCCUCAAAGAAGGGCAGUGAUGGGUAACAAUAACAAAUCAGACAUUGAAUAUCUCCUUUAAGCAUGGUCUAGUUACUAAUUAUGCUGUGCAUUAUGUAUCUUGGCCAGGUCGCAGUUGUAAAUGAGAACUUGUUCUCAACUGGUUUACCUGGUUAAAUAAAGGUGAAAUAAAAAAUUUAAAUAAAUUAAACCACCCAGACAACACAAAUAUAGUCAUCCUUUUGAACUGAGCUGUAGGACAGGAAUGUAACUGCUCAGGGAUGUUACCAUGAGGCCAUUUGGUGAUUUUUAAAACCGCUAGUUCAAUGGCUGUGAUGGGAGAGAACUGAGAUGGGUCAACAACAUUGUAGUGACUCCACAAUAAUGACCUAAAUGACAGAGUGAAAAGAAGAAUACAAAUAUUCCAAAACCUGCAUCUUGUAUGCAACAAGGCACUAAAGUAAUACUGCAAAAACACAUGGCAAAGGAAUACACUUUUUGGCCUAAAUGCAAAGGCCUGUGUUUGGGGAAAAUUUAACACAUCACUGAGUAACUGCCUCCUUAUUUUCAAGAAUGGUGGUGGUUGCAUUAUGGUAUGGGUAUCAAAUCACAUUUUAUUUGUCACAUACACGUGUUUAGCAGCUUUAGAUGCUUGUGCUUCUAGCUCCGACAGUGCAGUAAUAUCUAACAAUUUCACAACAUAUCCCCAAUACACACAAAACUAGUAAGGAAUGGGAUUUAAGAAUAUAUACAUACAGUGAGGGAAAAAAAUAUUUGAUCCCCUGCUGAUUUUGUACGUUUUCCCACUGACAAAGAAAUGAUCAGUCUAUAAUUUUAAUGGUAGGUUUAUUUGAACAGUGAGAGACAGAAUAACAACAAAAUAAUCCAGAAAAAACAUCAGCAUCGAAACCUUAAUGACUUGGAGAAGAUCUGCAAAGAGGAGUGGAACAAAAUCCCUCCUGAGAUGUAUGCAAACCUGGUGGCCAACUACAAGAAACGUCUGACCUCUGAUUGCCAACAAGGGUUUUGCCACCAAGUACUAAGUCAUGUUUUGCAGAGGGGUCAAAUACUUACUUCCCUCAUUAAAAUGCAAAUCAAUUUAUAACAUUUUUGACAUGCGUUAUUCUGGAUUUUUUUGUUGUUGAUCUGUCUCUCACUGUUCAAAUAAACCUACCAUUAAAAUUAUAGACUGAUCAUGUCUUAGUCAGUGGGCAAACAUACAAAAUCAGAAGGGGAUAAAAUACUUUUUUCCCUCACUGUAUAUGGACAAGCAAUGACAGAGCGGCAUGGACUAAGAUACAGUAGAAUAGAAUAGAAUGCAGUGUAUACAUAUGAGAUGAGUAGUGCAAGAUAUGUAAACAUUAUUAAAGUGACUAGUAUUCCAUUCCUUAAAGUGGCCAGUGAUUUCAAAAGGCAGCAGCAGCCUCUAAUGUGCUAGUGAUGGCUAUUUAACAGUCUGAUGGCCUUGAGAUAGAAGCUGUUUUUCAUUCUCUCGGUCCCAGCUUUUGGUAUACUUGACAUUGGCAAAUACUGGGGAGUUUUUCAGGAUAAAAAAAACUGGAUAGGGCUAAGCACAGGCAAAAUCCUAGAGGAAACCCUGCUUCAGUCUGCUUUACUCCAGAGACUGGGAGAGGAAUUCACCUUUCAGCAGGACAAUAACUUACAACCCAAGGCCAAAUCUAAACUUGACUUGCUUACCAAGAAGACAGUGAAUGUUCCGAAGUGGCCAAGUUACAGUUUUGACUUAAACCUGCUUGAAAUACUAUGGUAAGACUUGCUGUCUAGCCAUGAUCCCCAACAUGAUGACAGAGUUUGAAGAAUUCUGAAAAGAAUAAUAGGCAAAUAUUGCACAAUCCAGGUGUGCAAAGCUCUUAGAUACUUACCCAAGAAGACUCUUAGAUGUAAUAGCUGCAAAAGGUGAUUCUAACAUGUAUGGACUCAGGAAGCGGAAUACUUAUGCAAUGACUAUGUUUGAGUUAUUUAUUGCAUUUUUAUUAGUCUUUAAAAAAUAAAAUAAUUUUCUUCCACUUUGACAUUACAGAAUAUUUUGUGUAGAUUGUUGUCCAAAAAUCACAAUUAAAUCCAUUUUAAUCCCACUUUGUAACACAAUAAAAUGUGAAGAAAUCCAAAAGGGUCUGAAUACCUUUGCAAGGCACUGUACCUGAUCAUGAAUAGACCUUUUCCUCAAAACAGUCAUGGAGAAGGAACAUAAAAUGUUUGGUUUGUCUGCUAAUUGUUGUGAUAAAAAUACAAAAAUUUUCAAAUUAUUGAAGUAAUUAAUUGCAUUAUUCCCUUACCCUAAAGACACAACCUCCAGUCUAACAUUUGUCUCCUGUACUUGUGUUGUGCCUGCAGUGGUGAGGGGGAGAAGCUGGCGGUGGUGGGCUCUCCCUUCUGGAUGGCCCCCGAGGUGCUGAGAGAUGAACCCUACAAUGAGAAGGUAUAAUAAUAUGCCAUUUAGCAGACGCUUUUAUCCAAAGCGACUUAGUCAUGUGUGCAUACAUUUUGGCGUUACAAGCGCCAUGCUCUACCAAUUGAGCUACAGAGGACAUUGUCACUGGGCAUGGGCAUGGGAGAGGCAGGUAGGUCCCUGACUUCUGACCUCUAACCCUUGACCUCUCCCUGAACUAAACAGGACCACUUAUCUCCUACACAUCAACCCCCCCCAAGCUAAGAACUCAUCUUAAACGCCUGUCUCUCUGUUUUCUUCCAUUUCCAGGCGGAUGUGUUCUCCUACGGUAUUGUCCUCUGUGAGAUCAUCGCCCGAAUACAGGCCGACCCCGAUUACCUUCCUCGCACUGAAGUGAGGAUUGCUCCGUUUCCUCUGUCCUCCAUCCCCUUGAUCCUCACAUUACAUAAGACUAACACUCAUAAGACUCAUGUCUAGAUCUAGUUGACAUUAUGUUGGCACCAGAGGUGGUUUAGAAGAGCACAGCUCUUUCAAUAUGUUGAGUUAGAUGCCAAAAAUAGAUAACAUCCCAAAGUAUGGAUUUCCUGUCGGACCUCUCCCCCUCUAUUUUAUCUCUACCUACUCCCUCUCUCCUCUCCCUCCCUGAUAGAACUUUGGCCUGGAUUAUCAUGCCUUCCAGCACAUGGUAGGAGACUGUCCUCAUGACUUCCUACAGCUGGCCUUCAACUGCUGCAACGUGAGUAGGCCCUCAAUCUCUUAAUUUUCCAAAAUCUGUAUUUGAUUGUGUGGAAUAGAAACUAGUAACACAAUCUGAUUAGAAUUAAUCUGAUUUAGUAGUACCCCCUUAUCUUGUUUGACCUGGCUACUCUAUCACCUCUCCUCUUCAUAUCCACUCUCCAGAUGGACCCCAAGCUGCGGCCCUCGUUCCCUGAGCUGGUCAAGAGACUGGAGGAGAUCCUGUGUCGGCUGAAGGCCGAGGAGUCUGGACGAGAGAGGAUCCCCCUCAGUGGGGAAAAUGACAAGAAGACCAUCCCCAAAGGUGAUGCCUCCAACCACCUCGUAUCUAACCCCUUCAGAAGCCUGACUGCCAUGGCAGUGGGACUGUUUUAUUUAUUCAUUCUUGAGUAGAAUUUUAUGAGGAUAGCAUAAGAUUAGCAUGAUCAAAACCAUAAACAUCACCACCAGAUGAACUCCCUAAAACAUUUACAACAGUUUAAAAAAGCCCCUCAGUUACCACUUUCCCUUCAAUGUCCACUACACAUGAUUUUGAAUCUCCAAGUCUGUGAUCUAGUGUUGCAGAUGCAUUUGUACUGGCAAUAAAACCUCGCCUCACAUUAUUGCUUUUCAUAGUGGCAACUCCCCCUGACUGCCAUGUGUUAGCCUGCAGUCCUGCACCACUUGACACCCAGUUUCCUGCACGGUGUCAAGACUGCACAGUGCAGACCAAUGGUUUCUUGGAAGCAGGAAGAAGCUGUAAACCAAGCAGCAGUGAGGCUGCCAGUAGCUGCUCCACAUUGUAAUCUGCCUGUUGCAUAUCCACCGGGGUUGCCUCCCAAAUGACACCCUAAUCCCUUUAUAGUGUACUACUUUUGACCAGGGCCCACAUAGGGAAUAGGCUGCCAUUUGGGAUGUAAAUCAGGUCUACUCUAAAUAGGUCCAGUGGCAAGCCAGGGCUGUCCUUUCCCUCCCAACUCUGUCCCAAAGAGUCAUAUACUUUCCCCAGUCCUUUCCUCUACUUUUAUGAUGCAGUGUCUGCUUGCAGGUUCAAGUUGCCUUACUACAAUUUAGCAUGACAUAAACUUCUAACCUCUUAAGUGUUUUCGCAAUCACCCGAUUCUGUGAAACAAAGAAUAAGCUACAGUAAGGUUGUUAGGUGGGAACCACCAUGUAUACACAGAGUAGUUGGAAAUAAUUUGUCUAUUUCCUUUUUAAUUUGGUUCAUGGGAGUAUUGGGUCUGGGCUUUGUUUUGUUUAGCUAGCUUUCCUUCCUCGGCCAGUCACUCCCUCUUCACUGUUUAUUUACCUUCUGCUUCCCAGUUCACUUUAGUAUUUCUACAUUAUAUCUUAGAAACGAUUUUGCAUAUGUUUCCCAUAAUGCUUCCACCUAUGCGAUUUACUUCAAUUUAAGAAUUUGACUGUGCCUCCUUUAUUUAUCUCAUGCCUGUACUGUAGGUCUUGGCCUAUAUUGCCCCCUGGUGGUUACAUUGGGAACUAACACUUCAUAACAAUCCCAUGUGUUGUGCAGUAGAGAUGUUUGACUGUUGCUUCUCUCUCCAGGUCCAGGUGAAAAGGUCCAGGGGAUUAAGAGGUUAAACUCGUUGGGUCUGCAGGACGACAAGAUCCCUCCCAAAUCACCGCGUCCUCGUCGCAACAUCUGGCUCUCCCGCAGCCAGUCAGACAUAUUUUCCCGCAAGCCAGGCAGAAAGGUCAAUGUCCACGACCCUUACUACAACCCAGGCCCCAGGGCCGCGCCAGGGGCCCGCAAGAUCAACCCCUUCAAUGCCCGUGAGGACCUGUGCGGAGGCAAGAUCAAGUUCUUUGACGUGCCCAGCAAGUCUGUGUUCUCUCUGAUGUUCGAUUUGCACUCUCUCCAGGACAGCGUGUUUUCCUCUGGGACCCAGACCCACUCUGGAGCCCCCGUCCACCCAGGCAUGUGGCAGGAGACCUGGUUCACCGGCAGGCAGUGCCGCUCUCUGCCUGCCUCCCCCCAGCUGGCCCUAUCGGAUGGCUCCUGCCCCCCGGCCUCCUGCCCCCUCUCUGCCAAGUGUGACCCGGCCCAGCGGUGCCAAGAGGUCAGGCAGAAGGUGCUCAGCGCUUGGGCCAGGAAAUAUGCUGUGAUGGAGAUCCCUCCUUACCAUGGAGGUCAAGAAACGGUAGAGGUAGAGAAAGGGGAGGAGAACAGAGUAGAUGAGAGCUGGUCUCCCUCUCCCAUGCCCAUGCCCAGUGACAAUGCAGAGGCUAUGGACUGCUCCAGCAGCCAAGGGAGCCCAGUGGAGGACAAGGACAAACACUUCUUCUGCCACAUGCAGGCCCAGAAUGGAGGCCCAGUGGAGGACAGUAGAGGCAUGGUGUCUAUGUGUGAGGAGAUGGAGGCUGAGGACCAGGAGGGCAUGCAGCAGCAGCAACAGACCUCAUGUCACACUGUCACCCUCAGCCCAACCACAAACGGAGGCCAUCUGAGUCCCAUCGUACUGGUGCCAUGUACGGCCCCACAUGCCACCACAGAACUGCCCUCUUAAGUGUGACAUCUAGGAAUAAAACGGGUCAUGGAGAAAGGCCGCUUUGAGAGACACACUCCUCAGAGACACUCGGAUAGGAAUGAUGACGUGUGGUGACGAUUAUCUUAAUCAAUUCUUUGCAGAUAGAGAUUAUUUUUUCAAGAUUGUUUUUAUUUAAUAUACUGAAAAUGUGUGUUUUGUUUCUUAAAAAAGGCGUCCCUAAACCAGGGGUCUCCUAAUUCCUUGAGGUUCUUUGUGUGUAUGCUGGUUUUAAGUCACUGCCUUCUUGAUGUUCAAUGGUUUUAUUGUGAUUACAUUCUGCCCCAUAGGGAGAUGCAUGGGAGUACAUGUACAUGAUAUGAAAGUAACAAAUCUAACACUCUUAACAGGGAGAAAGGGUUGGGGUCUGAAUGAAAAAUGGCAACCAUUGAGAUCCCUGCCUUAAGAUUCAUUGUUACUGGUGGUAUUUUUGUACUGGACAAGUGUGCAUUUCAGAAGAAUGAGUCCAAACCAAGGUGUAGGGAAUAGAUCAUGACCAUUUUAAAGGGCUAUUUAUUGAGUGGUCUACCAGACUACUGAGGUCUCUUAUGGAGACUAAUAAAAAUGUACAUUACAGAGCACUUAAACAGUAAACUUACCAGUAAAACCGAAGUUUGUUUAUUGUACACCCCCACGAGCACUGGAAAUGUGAUCGUUUGUAUGUACCUUUAACAUUUUUAUAUGAUUUAAACGUUUGGUAGGCCUAUAUGUUGGUGUGCACAUUCUAAGGAUUGUUUCUUUCAAAUGACCCUGCUUAUAGAAAUAUUUUGAUAGAUUCUGAAGACCAGUUUAUCACAUUUAGUUUUGUUUUCACUGGUAUGUCUGUCCUCAAUCAUGAAAAAGUAUAGCUCUAUGAAUAGAGAGGAAUGAUGUGAACACUUGUGGAAUUGAGUGUGGCUUGAAUGUGUGAUCCACCACACUUUUGUUAAAGUGGGUCCUAUUUUGGUCAGCACCUCUGGGUAUAAGCUGUGCAAGCAGCACUAGUUGGUGUGGAUGGCUCACUCGCUCAUGCUUUGGUUCACAACUCCCUUGGCACCUGUUUUGAUUUACUGAAAUACUCCAGUCAGUAACUACUUUAAUAGGAAAUUGCACUUGAAAGGGGAAAAAAAGUUACCUCUCUCUUGUUUAUCACUACAUUUCUAUGCAAUAAAUGUAAACUGCAUCAGGAUCGUUUUGCAUAGAGGAUCUAUUUUGAUAUUUAUAAAGGAAGAUCGAUGUUUACAUCUUAAUGUUUUGUAUGCAAUGUUAUUGAGAUGUUUGCCGAUUGUUAACUGUAAUUACUUAUUCCCCCCAGUCUUGGCAAAAAAGCUUGUUUUAAUACAAAUCUGGAUUGAAUUGUACCUUUAUUGUUGAAAGAACAUGCGUCCCCAAUCGCUUAAAAAUAAAUGUUUAACUUUUGCUUCUUUCAGUGUGACCCUAUGAACGUAGGCAUACACGUUACUCAUCAUUAGCAAUCAGUAAUGUGAAAUAAGGGCUUGCUUUUCUAUUUUCCUUCCUAACCUCGCAUCAAGGGGUUUUCAGGAUACAAAUCACCAUGUGUCAUAACCAAGGAAAAGCAUUUAUUGAAACAAUACUAUCAACAAAUACUGAAUGAAAUUACCCUAAAAUCUGCAACAAAGCAUGUCUAACUAAAAAGGCUUUAUUAUAAACAAGGAAUAGAUUUGGUUCCAUUGAAUGAUUACACAGUUCCCUCUACUUUGCUAACCACGCUCUUUCCCCACACGACAGCCAUCAUGCGCAUGUGAGCCUUGAAGGACUUGGAGAAUGUGCUCUUGACGAUAUGCAUCGGGACAGACUUGCCACUGAGGUAAACCUUGUUCAGGCACUCAGGGAGCCAGGACUCUGAGCUCAGUGGCUCACCUACUCUCUCUGUCAAAGUGGCGGCAUAGGAGAAAAUGUAGCCUGUCAUGAAUGCAUCAAACCCUGUCCGGUGUGUACCACCCUCCAGCUUCUUCCUCAUGGACU